GAUUGCCUUCAGCCGCGCUUAUUGCCAAGACCAGAUGAGACGCGCGGUGACUUACGCGGACUUCGCAAUGUGGGCGUCGUUGCUCGAAAGGUGGACCAGCCGCAAGCGAGACGCUGACCUGUACGAUGAGGAAUUGGUGAAAUCAAGGCUAGAGGGACUGCGGCGGCGCCGGGAGGAAGGAUCCGUUGAGGACAUAACGUUCUACCUGCGAGCGGAUCUGGUAAGGAAUCUUGGGGGUAUGUGUAAUCCUGAGCUGCACAAGUAUCGUCUGCAAACGCCCCGUGUCAUCCAAGACUACAUCAACGAGGUGAAGUACCACCUAAAGGCAGUGUGCGAUCUGCCAGAGACAGAGGCAUUUCCACUGGGAGAGAAGUUAGCAUUCAUUCACGAGACUCGACAUGCGUUCGGUCGAACGGCUCUGCUGCUGAGCGGCGGCGCCGCUCUGGGCGUCUUUCACCUUGGAGUUGUGCGGACGUUGAUUGAAAACCGGCUGCUGCCACGUGUCGUUGCGGGAGCCAGCGUGGGGUCUAUCAUCGCCUCCUUCUGUGGGUCCCGCACCUGGCCUGACCUCCAGCGCUUCUUCGAUGACCCUCUCCCCCCCCUUCACUUCUUCCAGUCCAUGGGAUCCGUCUUUCAAACCGCUCAUCGCUUGCUGACACGUGGCGCUGUGCACGAGAUUGGUCAGCUGCAGAGGAAGAUGCGCCAGAUUGUCGGUGACCUCACAUUCCAAGAGGCGUACGACUUGUCGGGACGUGUGCUGGGCAUAUCCGUCUCUUCUCCUCGGAAGCAUGAGCCUCCCAGGCUGCUUAAUUACUUAACCUCCCCCAACGUCGUGAUCUGGAGUGCUGUUGCGUGCUCCUGCGCUUUUCCAGGACUGUUCGAAGCUCAAGAGUUGAUGGCAAAGGACCGAUACGGGCGGCUCGUGCCUUAUCACGCUCCCGCGAAGGGAGCACAUGGCCUGAGGACUCGACAGUACUUUGACGGAAGCCUGGAGAACGACUUGCCCAUGGGCGAGCUGAAGGAGCUGUUCAAUGUGAACCAUUUCAUCGUUAGCCAGUCGAAUCCUCAUAUUGCGCCUCUUCUAAGAGUCAAGGAAACUGUCAGACUGUAUGGCGGACGAAUCGCAGGGAAGGCUGUGCAACUUGUGGAGAUGGAGGUGAAACAUCGCUGCAAACAGCUCUUGGAGAUGGGUUUCAACUUCUAUGGGCUUACUAAGCUAUUUGCACAGGAGUGGGAAGGUGACGUGACGAUCGUGAUGGCACCUACAUGGCAACAGAUGCUAAGAAUUAUUCAUAACCCAUCAAACGAGGAGCUGGGGAUGGCGAUCAUGCAGGGGAUUCGUGGAACGUGGGAGAAGCUGUCAGCGAUUCAAGCCAAUUGUGGAAUCGAACUGAUGCUGGAUGAAUGCGUCUCUGAGCUGAAUCGACGGCUGCACGAGCAAGCAGGGAGGGAUGGCGGGAUGGGAAGCGGAGGAUUAGGGUCAAGCGGGUCGAGCUUUUCAAAGAGGCUGAAGAGGAUUCCAUCUUGGAACUGCCUGGCAAGAGAGAGUUCGUGGGGAACACUCGAGCUGGAUGGACCAGAAGCAGCAGCAGCACCAUCACUGCAGCAAACAGGCGGUGGCUGGGCUGGCCCAACAUCCUUCCGAUCCAGGUCGAAGAGGCCAUCGAGCAGCGACAGAAGUGAUAGUGACACUGAGGCUGUGGAUCUCAAGAAAGUGUCCUGGACACGGGCUGGUGGUCCCUUCAUGCGGACAAAGUCGGCAUACAACCUUGCCAAGGUAUUAGGAUUGGAAAUGGCAAUGGAUGGGGAGCAGGUUGGGGGCGGGCAGUCACUCCUGGAAGCGGCGGGGGUCGAAGUACAGAGAUCGGCGCAGAGUCAUAAAGAGGGUGACGCAGCUACGGACCACAAGCACGAAUGGGAUGGACCGGGGAUGGGAAGCGAUAGUGAAGUCGAGGUGCGGAACCGUUUGGCAGGCACACGCCGUGGUUCUCGUGAAUCGAUACAAUGGGAGGUAGGUGAAGUGGAGAAAGUACAGCACGAGGAGGAUGGGUCGACGCAUGAGUGGGACGGCCCGGGAAUGGGUAUCGGGGCCGGUAGUAAGGACAAGGCAGGGAAGCAGCUGGCAAAUGGACAGUGUGAUCUUUGUGCAUCAUUGCGGUGGGAGAUGGGGGACCUAGAGAAACUAAUGGACCGGGAAAGGGAGGGGGAGAGUGAUAGUGAGCACAAGGCCUUGGCGUUGACAAUGCGAAGGUCGCUAUGCUCGCCUGAUGGUCGUAUUAGUCCAUCCCCAUCCCCUGGCUUGAUGGACUGGGACCGAUCCAAAAGCAGCGGCAGUACCCUUGGCCCAGCAGCCAAUGGAAGAGGAGGUACUAGUUUGCUCGGUAAGAACGAUCAGAUUGUGCGCCCUAGACAACGAUCGUUUGAUGGCAUGGAGACACUGCGGGAGAUGGCCGGUGAGAACGGAACACCGCGAUCAUCGCGCGAGUUUGCCAGUCCCAGUGAGAUCGGAACACCACCACCAUCACCCGGCGAGAUCGCCAGUCCCAGUGGGAGUGGGAGCCCACGAUCAAUGUACGAGAUUGCCAGUCCCAGUGAGGAUGAAACACUGCCAUCAGAGUGGGAGUUUUCCAGUCCCAGUGAGAAUGGAACACACCAAAGGCUUGACAACGGACAGUGUUCUGAGAAGUCCCCACCUCCCCCUGAUGCAAAUGGCACAAAUGGGAGUGCAGGUGCGCCGAGUGCAGGUGUGCCGAGUGCAGGUGUGCCGAGUGCAGGUGUGCCGAGCUCCGAGAACUGCAUAGAGAGCAACCAUGUGCCCGCAGUACUGGAUAGCGCGCAGAAGGGCAAGGAGAAAGAUGAAGGGAAAACAGUGGACAAGGAGCAGGACAAGGAGAAAAGGAGACAGAAAGAAGUGGCCACGGAGUGAGAUGGUUGCUCAUGUGACCUUCCUAUACGUAAGUGAUCACUGACGGAAGAAUCCUUUCUGUGCUACGCAAUGAAUGAUGAUCAUCUGUACAAAACGCAGAUAGGGGAUCCAUUCAUGCAGAAGGGCAUCAAGCCACAAGAAGCUCAUCAGAAUGAUCACGAUCUAUCUACAUAUCCUGACUUGCGGUUGGCUGACUACAGAGAAUGUGCAGGAAUUGAAGUUCAUCCCGCAGCAGCUGCAUGACUCUAAGUGACGGCAAGCCUUGCCAUCAUGCAUGCCCACAUGAAAGAAACAGGAAUGCAACAGAUGUGUGGGAAGAAAUCUGUUUCAGCCUUUCAGGAUCUAUUUCAAGAGCUUGGGUGAAGAGGGCGGAGUGGAUAUCGCAGCUGCAUAUCAAGAUUGGCAGGUCAGGUCAGGUAAGAUUUUGAUGAAGUUACGCACUUUGUGGCUGGCUAAGAAAGGAGUCGGAUGGUUGUACACCUGUGGAUGUUCCCGUCUUAUCUCCUGCCUCCUAUUGCAACGAGGAUGCUCAGCAGUUCUCCCCGGGCGGAAAGAAAUUUCUCACAGAUGUGGUUUAUCUUUCGGUCACGAGGGUUUUGAGCAGAGCUGGUGCGCCGUGCAGAGACCUUGCCAUGCACAUUUCGUCGGUGCUAUGUGAAUUUCUGAAAGUCAUGCGCAGUGCGGACGAGUUGUGACAGGUUGUCCGACAACGUCUUGUCCGACAACGUCUUGUCCGACGACAUCUUGUCCGACAACGUCUUGUCCGACGACAUCUUGUCCGACAACGUCUUGUCCGAUGACAUCUUGUCCGACAACGUCUUGUCCAACAAUGUGUUGUCGUCUAUUGUUGUUCGAGUGCUGUGAUGGCAGAAAUUGUCAUGCCACAGCAUCUUUGGAUUCGUCGACAGUGUUUUUCGUUGGCCGCUAUAGUAUAUACUAUAUACAGGCAGAGCCGCAGAAGCCAGAAGGCUGAACAAUAUCAAUACGAUCCAAGAGAGAAUAUGUAAAUCUUCUUCGCUAGUUGUCUUCACGUCUCAGUAGGGAAGGGAACCACCAAUGCAGAGUGUACUGUUGUUUUUUUUUUUUUCGCCUCGAAAAUUGCUGAUGAUUCGUCCAACGUCAUGGUGUCCUAAUCUUCUUCAUCACGACUCGAUUUGCGAGAUGGUUCUGGAAAAAUGUACGAUGGGAAGAAAUUAAGAAUUGUAUAGCUGCAAGGUUGUUGCUGUGAACCUGAGAAGCCUGCAGGGUUGAAGAGAACGAUUUGCACCGCUCCACUCGACUGUUCAUGGGCGCUGUGGAGCCGGGUAGAAAAGGCGUAUUCUAACAGAGCAUAGCGCAAGUGCAUGUGGGCUCUGUGGAGAGAGCCCGAUAGAAAAGAUGUAUUCAACGAACUUUAGCUCAUAUGACUCGAGUGCGUGUGGGCUCUGUGGAGCCCAAUAGGAAAGACGACGUGACAUUUCCAGACCUUGUCCACAGAGCUCAACUCUGCUGUGCCUGUGCUCCAUGGAAAAGAUCGCGCCGGGGAUGGCAGUGUACUGGAAACACAGCGAAAACGGUGAAGACCAGGCAUCACGACUAACGUCACAUGAGUCGUGAGGUUGCUCUCGCGUCAGACAAAGAUCAGCAGUAGCAGGUUCAGCAGACGUCAUGGCCGCAACGAGGGGCAGCAUGCGUGAUAUGUGUCCCGCCGUCCUCCCUUGUGAGCUAUUUCCUUGCCGACUUUUUGUUUGUGGUGUCGGGGCCCGGGGGACUUCCUCUGCACGAGGAUUGGUUCUGGUUAAAAGGUUCAGAUUUAGGAAAGCUGUUGUUGAUAUUUGCUGUAUUUGCCGAUCCUUUGAACAUAAAAGCACUCAUUCUGAUGAGGGAGGGUCUUCUGUUUCACUGAAUAUAUGUCGAUGACAUCAAAUCAAUCAUCGUGGCGCAUCAGCGAUGGCAUUUGGGAAACUCCGAUGAAGGAUUUUUAUCGACUUUGGUGUUUUGGGGACUCCUCUCUAGGUAAGCAAUCGUCCGGGGCCAUAUACGUAAGUUGAUAUAACCGCGUUUACAAUUUGGAGCAGCAAGGGGAAGCAGCAUAAAGACGAAUGAGAGGAUUAGAGGAGGCGUGGAAACAGGAAAUGGUUGCAAGGAUUUGUAUGUAGAGUGGACAAGAUGAUGAUGGUGAUAAUCCUUUUAGAAAGAAGGAAGAGUGUUUAUGGAAAGAUUUUCUCCGUAGUAUUUCGCCGAAGCGAGAGGCACACGGUAUGCGUUGCUUCCAUUUUUGUUGUGCCUUGCCUUUGUAUAUCCCCUCCUUUUUUCUUACCUUCCUGUAGAAAUUUCCCCUACUUUCUUUCAUCCCCACUUGACAAUCGUGUCCUCAAAGUUUCUGAUCCGUGGGGACUAUUGCACGUUUUGCCGUGGGUAUAAAGUCUCCUUUCAAAAAUCCCUGUUCUCGCAGUGUACUUAACAGUUUCCUGAUGGGUGCAUGCAACACCAAUAUUUUCCUUCUUUGUACCUUCUGCUUUAACCUCCCCUUUGCUUGUACACCGGAUGCAAACUCGUCUGGGAGAUUCCGUUCCCUUCGCCCCAAUGGUAUGAGAGACAUUGAGUUUAUUUUGCAAUGCAACACCGGGGGGGUCGUGGCAAGUUUGCUGGCGAGAAGAGGUAUCGGCUCAAGCGUUCGUCAAGGCAGUCGCAUUUAGUUGGGGGAGUGAAGCGUCCGCAAAGGCCAUAGGCAUUUCAUAGUUGUGGUGUGAUGGUGGGUUUGCUGACAAGAGCGUCCAAGAAAGUCUUUGGAGGUUUCAAGCGUGGUCGUCUACAACCCAUGCAGUUCGUAUCUGUCAGGCGAAUGCAGUUUUUUGGGAGGGUUCAAGCGUGGUCGGGUUGAACGUAUCUGUCAGACAAAUGCAGUUUUUUGGGAGGUUUCAAGCGAGGUCGUCUUUUACACUUCAAGCGUGGUCGGGUUGUGCGUAUCUGUCAGACAAAUGCAGUUUUUUGGGAGGUUUCAAGCGAGGUCGUCUUUUACACUUCAAGCGUGGUCGGGUUGUGCGUAUCUGUCAGACAAAUGCAGUUUUUUGGGAGGUUUCAAGCGAGGUCGUCUUUUAGACUUUUUACAACCCGCGCAGUUUGUAUCUGUCAGACAAAUGCAGUUUGCAGAUAAAGGGGAGAGGUUGCACCGUAAGGUGGAUGCGUAAGCUAGAAGUCCUCUGACAGAGGUUUGAAGGAGCAUUGAGUCGUUGGCCGAGUGAGCGAGGAUGGAAUCUUGUCUGUAAAUGACGUUCACCAGGUCGCUGACGUGCUCAGAGAAAGGAGUUGCUGACUUUCCAACUACCGAACAGGACAGGUCCCUUAGAGGUUUACCUUAUCGCCGAUGCAUUUUCGCAACACAAACGUUGACGUCAGACAUCUAUCUACUAUAUUGCAGUCAUCGACAUUGACAUCAGACAGCGUGCGAGCUUAUCGCUCAUGUGGUCGGAGUUCAUCCCUGACGCGGUUGGAGUUCAUCCCUGAUGCGGUUGGAGUUCUCGCCAAUGUGGUUGGCAGUCGGAGCCUAUCUCGCGGCUGUGGCUAGCAAAAGGAUGUUGCCGAUUUGCUACCUAAGUAACAGGUCAUGUUGCUUUGUCAAGAGAACAGGUGAUGUUGCUUUUUCAAGAGUUUCCGUUUUUUCGAUGUUUUCAAUACUUUUCAAGAUUUUUCACUCUGUGCUUGGUACCUUUGUGUGAUAUAUGUUUUCAACUUCUCAAUUUAUGUUUUCGACACCCCGCUCAAUCGGAUGGAUCUAACGCAGACUCCCACAACGCAACGUGAUAGACGUCUGCGUCCGUCAGCAGCAAUCAUUGUGGUUUCUGGUUGGGAUGCGAGGGUUGUUUUUAAAUUGGCCAUAGGCCAAAUUGAAUAGAAUCCUGUCGAGAAAAAGAAUCGUACAUUUUGACAUGGAGAAAUAAACCGGAUGCGAAAUU